UUGACCGGAUGUGUCACGUGCGCUCCCUCGCAGCUUAACGUUUGGUGGUGAGAUGGCCGUGAAGUCUCUCUGGUUCCUGUGAAGUAGAAACGGGCUGUGUGGACAGACAGCAGGAGGCGAGAACCCCUUCGUUGUCUGCUUCGACCUCCAUUCCUUUUCCUGUUUUCAAAUUAAAAACGGCACUCUCUGGUUUCGGACCCGGCAGACUAUUAGGUCCGACAAACCCACCGCGGCGCCUCAACACUCCAGUACACAGGAAGCCGGCUGAAGACAGGUUCGGGCUGCAGGUGAGUGGCCGGGCAGCCUGGCUGCCCCCCUGCCACCAGAUGAAUGAAGAGCACUCCGGGACACAGAGACUCAGCUGAUACAGGGCAUGCAGGGGUUGCUGCAAAUAUGAUGAAGAAGAAGAAUCCACACAAAAAGCAUAAGAGCAGUCUGGGCCCAGCCACCAAAGUUCUGUCUCAGCCCCGGCGUGACAUCGUUGGCUGCAGGAUCCAACACAUCUGGAAGGAAGGAGCAGGACAUGUGGUGUGGAAAGGGACUGUUCUUGACCAGGUGCCAGUAAACCCGUCCCUCUACCUGAUAAAGUAUGAUGGAUUUGACUGUGUUUAUGGUCUGGAGCUUCAUAAAGACGAGAGGGUUCAGGGUCUGGAAGUGCUCCCUGACAGACUGGCCAAAUCCCGCCUCACGGACGUAAACCUGGCAGACGCCAUGAUAGGUAAAGCGGUGGAGCACAUGUUUGAGACAGAGGAGGGUCCCAAGGAGGAGUGGAGGGGGAUGGUGCUGGCCCGAGCUCCCAUCAUGACCACCUGGUUCUACAUAACUUACGAGAAAGACCCUGUCCUGUACAUGUACCAGCUGCUGGAUGACUACAAAGAAGGAGAUCUCCGGAUCAUGCCCGACUCCAACGACAGUGUUUCAGCUGAGCGGGAGCCCGGUGAGGUGGUAGACAGCCUGGUGGGUAAGCAGGUGGAGUAUGCCAAAGAGGACGGCGGCAAAAGAACAGGCAUGGUCAUCCACCAGGUGGAGGCCAAGCCGUCCGUCUACUUCAUCAAGUUUGACGACGACUUCCUCAUUUAUGUGUACGACCUGGUCAAAACUUCCUAAGACUCUGCGGACGCCCCGAUGCCCUCCCACUCGACAGAAACUAAACGCAGCACAUCGGAGAGCUUUUAACCAAGCAUUUGUUUCUCAGACAAUGGAAACAUGAUUGGCAGUUCCUAAGAAUUAAAGAAAAAAGAGCUUCAAUAAGAACAAAUGCUAAAUGUGGCUAAAUUAGUAGCAGUGAGUUGUAGAUGUUUCCACAUAAAGCAAUUUGAAAAGAUGCUUUUUUUUAGGAGGAUUUAGAAUCAGAAUUUUCUAACAAAUUGAGGAGUAGCUUAAAGCAGUGUUAAAUUUGGCGUAGGCCAUUGAACUACAGAAUAGUCGGCAUGUCCGUGACAAACACUACACCUGUGAACAUGGAAUUUCUGAAGUUAUCUUCAAGUUUUGCCAUUUUGUCUCCAUCCUCAUCAUCCGAGCAGCUCUGAAGUGAAGACAUGCAGCCCGAUGGUGAACGGAGGGCGCUUUAGACAAACGUGUUACCGUUAGAUAGGACGAACACCGGGGAUUGAUGGACGGGAAUGGUUUCAGUCAUGAAGGAGCCUAUAGAAGCUGUGACGUCCGGACGCCCUUUUCUACCACUGACGGAGAAGAACACUUUGUGAUGACAGUAUUACCAAGCCCAUAAAAAUAUCAGCUAGAUGAAAAAAUCAAUAUUUCUUUGAAGAACGGCAUUAGAAUAAUAUAGAACUCCACGUCUCCAUCGUUAGAGAGCAGGUUAAACAUGAAAAGUGUGUCAUAUUUUUGGCUUGUAGAUAUUUUUUAACCGCCCUCAUCAUAACAGAUGACUAAGUUAAGAAGCAAAAGCCCCAUCAGAGGUGGACUUGGGGAGUGCGUGCUGUGGACGGGGUCACCGGCUUAAUUCUGGAGACGUGCUCGGACCUGCAUGCAGGGGCUCAAGGUGGUGGAAAGUCCCGACCAAAAUCAAGAAGUUUGCACCCAUAAAGGUUCCUUCCAGAAGUCGGAGGACCUCAGCGGUUCCAAACUGUGAUAGAGUUUUUGUUGUUGCCAAACCCCCUUUCUGUGGUGAAGUUGUUCGAUGUUGACGAUGACGGGACUGUUUUUUUUAUGUUAUUUCACUAAAGCCUUUGAAUUUGCUCGUGCUGUCUUUUGUAAGUGGUUGGUGAAGUAACAGUGGGAGAAAAAGACGGACUAGACUGAAGCAGUUUCAGACCCGUUUCUACAGCGUAAAGAUCCGGUCUGGAUCUUUGACAGACGGAAACGUGGAAAGCGGGGAGACCUGAGAGCAUGUUGGACUGUGGAAGAUGGACGCUGGGGUUUAGCCCCACAGUCAGGACUCUUCACUCUCAAAGGCUUCAUGGAGACGGGCGGCGCUGGAGGACAGGAUUCUGAUCCACUUUCCACUGUACAGGAUUAUCUCUGCAGAGAAGGUUUCCCUCGUUGUGUUUACGCUCUAACCAAAAGCGCAAGUCUCCUUGUGAGGUCACCUCCGUUUUUGCUCGGAAACAAAGCGACUCUUUCUGUCUGAUCUUUGCAGAUGAUUCUUUCUGUUCCACAGCAUGUAUGCAGUAAGAGAAGACUCGGUUGUGUUUAAUAUAAGUGUAUAAGAGAUUAACAGCCAGCGACGGUUUAAAUCGCCUUUCUCACAAAUGUAUUUUUCAUUUUAUCUGGACUUAUUCCAGACUGAAGGUUUCAUGAACUCCUGUUCUGUGUCCAGUUGAAGAAGUCAGCAGUUCCAGUUGGUUCCACUGGUUCAUGGUAGAUGUUUUAGGCUGCUGUGGCAUUUUCUGUCUUCUUGUAGAAGGAAGAAAUCUUACUUCGGUUCUUAUUGAAUUAGUUUGUAAUUCCACAGCACUGGUUAAGCUAAGAUCUCUUCAGAGGAACAGCCGUUCGUUCCUCCACCAUCACGGACCUGGUGCCUUGGUGAAAUUUGAGCACAGAAGGAGUUGUUUCCAAACCUUCAGUGUGUGUACGUCCUGUGAUGUAGUUAGUUGCUGAGGCAGAUUCUUGUUGAUAUUGUUCUUAUUAAAAAAAGAAAACGGGGACCCUGAGGUCUGCGGUUCUCCCAAGUUGUGUAUCUUUUUGGUUUUGUUAACGGAGUAUGAUUGUGGUCAUCUCAACCGGCAUUAUUUCUAUUAGAAAAAAUAAUGUGUUACUACUAAGGCUUCACUCAUAGCCAGGAUCAUUGAAGUCAUUUUGCUAUUAAAAAGGAUCACACAUUAUUGUGGUUACUGUCAAACAACUCUGGCCUUUCAUCAUACUUCUGCCUUGUAUUGUUUGUUUUUGUAUGUUUGAAAUUGUAUGUUAAUAAUUUUUAUUGUUAAUGGAAAACUCUACACAUUUG